AUGGCCGCCAUGGCAACGGAAGUGGAGGUCGAGAGCGAGACCGCAGGGACCGAGAUUCCGCGCGGGACGACUAUGACUCCAUGUACGACGAAGGGCCUCGCCACGACUCCCGCUCUCGGUACCUCGAGGACGAAGGGCCUGCUACACACCGCGAUAGGCCAAGUGAUCGAGACGAGUCACUGCGGCGCUCACAUUCCCGGGGCAGGUAUCGAAGUCGCUCGCGGAGUCCUGCUCGCGACGCGGGCCGACCCUCAGACACUGUCAUCCUCGAAGGGCUCCCGCGCAGCAUAUCCCAGAACGAGCCUCCUAAGCAAUUCCAUCGCUUCGGAGAGUCCAUCAUUUGAUGUUCGGAUACCCUCGUCGAAAGGUCAUCGACGGGCAUUUAUUCAGUUUGAUCACGUCGAUCGUGCUAUCGACUUUGUUCGAGAGCACUAUCCAAAGAUUCUCAUUACUUUGAGACACUCAACUGAUGAGGUACCAGACGGCCAGUUCGAUGCAUACUUGCAUUAUGCGCGAUCCAGAGACGAUGCUGAGCCACGAGCCCCCAACACAGAUUGGAUCUGCCCGCAGUGCGAGGCCUCCAACUUUGCAACCAGAACUGUCUGUCGAGGGUGCGGCUGCUACCCUUCUGGUGUUCACUGGGAGCAAAGCCUCACUGGUGCUGCAGAUGCUGCAGAGUCUCCGUCGCAAAUUCUCGUUGUAUUUCCUCUUCAGCCAUUUGUCGAUGAGGAGAUGCUUGCUCGAGAAAUGCAGCGGCUCGAGCUUGAGAAGGUCGACCCUGUGAGAACCAGUGGCGAUGCACCGAAACUCAAAUCUACUGCACCGACCAGCACAGGACAGGGCUAUGGCGCAUCGCAGGGCUCGCUGCACAGGGUCUUCCUCAUGCGCGAUUCGCAAACAGGCGAAUCAUUUAGAUACGGGUUUGCCGAGUUUUGGACCGUCGAGGACGCCGCUGCUGCCCUGAAGAAAUUCAACAUGGCCCGAAACUUUAGCAUAGCAGGCUGUGCUGUCACCAUCUCCACGAUUCACUUGGGUGUGUUCCUGCCAGAUGAUACAGAACCAACUCCUGCGACGGAAGGCAAGACAUUCUAUCCACUCUUCAACCCAUCAAUACGCGUGCGCUACAGAGACGAACACGUCUACCCCAGUCAACGCAUGGUUGCGCCUGAUGCCCCACCAAGCAUCCAAGAAAAGGCUGCUUCUGAAGAGCAAGAUGAGGCAAAACGAGCAAAGAAGCGCAAGGCGGACGGGAAUUUAGGCAACUCUGCGAAGAAGCCCCUCGCCAUGGCUGGGAAAAUGGCAAUGUGGCAGCGCAAACAUGAUGAGAUCCGCGGACAAGACGCACCACAAGAUGGUUCUGCAGAUGGGACGAAGCAUCAACCACCGAAACUGUCCUCAGCGAACGUCACUAUCAAAAUAUCACUCUCCUCUGCGUCCAAACUUAUUGGCCAGGCCGAUAAACAAUCUGCUGGUGCCGGGACGGAUACACCGGUGCCCAUGCCAAAGAAGGACACGGAAGAACCUGAGUCGUACUUGGACCGAGAUCGGUUAAUGUGCCUUAUUUGCAUGCGCAAAUAUAAGUCGACUGAGGAGGUCAACAUCCACGAGCGGUCCAGGAAUCACAAAACAGCCAUGGAAACCUCAGAGCUGGUUAACGCUGCAUUGCCUCGCUUAGCUGUCCGCGACAAACGAUUGCAGAAACAGGGCAAGUCUCCCGCGGCGUCUGCUUCGGGGAGCGCAGGUGAUAACUCGGCUGGCGGCGACAGCCAGUAUCGUGACCGCGCUAAAGAGCGACGCGAGGCGUAUAGGCAGCCAAAGAAGCCGGUGGCUCAGCACGAACCAUCAAAAGACAAGUCCAUUUCUUCUGCUCCUGCCGCCACUACAGCUCCUGCAGUAUCUAAAGGCGCGAAUUUGCUCGCGAAGAUGGGCUGGACGGCGGGUGCUGGGCUCGGUGCUAGUGGCGAGGGGCGGACCGAGGUCGUUGAGACGAACGCGUACCAAGAGGGUGUUGGUCUCGGUGCCGAAGGAAGCAACCUAGGUGAUGCGGCAGAACGUGCAGGCCGCCAGACACGAGGGGGGUAUGCCGAGUAUGUCAGCUCUGUGCAGGACAAGGCUCGGGAACGGUACAACAAGCUUGGAUAA